AUGGCCCCCGCCCGCUGCCCCGCGCGGGCCUUGCUGCUCGCCUACGCCAGCCUGCUGGCCGCCGCCGUGGGCCUGGGCUCCCCGGAGCCCGGUGCGCCCUCGGGGAGCCGCGCCCGCGAGGAGCCGCCGCCCGGGAACGAACUGCCUGCGGGACCGGCCGCCCGCCCGCCGGAGUCCCCCGUGGAGCGGGCGCACGGCCUCAGCGAUCCCCGGGACGCCUGGAUGCUCUUCGUCAGGCAGAGUGACAAGGGUGUCAACAGCAAGAGGGGCAGCAGGAGCAAGGCCAAGAAGCUGAAGCUUGGUCUGCCAGGACCUCCAGGGCCUCCUGGCCCCCAGGGUCCCCCAGGCCCCAUCACCCCACCUGAAGUCCUACUGAAGGAGUUCCAGCUGCUGCUGAAAGGCGCGGUGCGCACGCGCGAGUGCGCGGAGCCCGAGCCCGGCCCGCGCGUUCCCGCUGCGGUGCCGGCCGCGCGCCCUGAGGACGACAAGGAGGCGGCGGCGGGGGCGGGCGUGCUGGCACUGCUGGCCGCGCCCCUCGACCCCGGCCCGCGGGCGCCGCGCGUCGAGGCCGCCUUCCACUGCCGCCUGCGCCGGGACGCGUCGGUGGAGCGGCGCGCGCUGCACGAGCUCGGCCUCUACUACGUGCCCGACGCCGAGGGCGCCUUCCGCCGCGGCCCGGGCCUGAACCUGACCAGCGGCCAGUACACGGCGCCCGUCGCCGGCUUCUACGCGCUCGCCGCCACGCUGCACGUGGCGCUGGCCGAGCCGCCGAGGCGCGGGCCGCCGCGCCCCCGGGACCGCCUGCGUCUGCUCAUCUGCCUGGAGUCCCGGUGUCAGCACCAUGCCUCCCUGGAGGCCGUCAUGGGGCUGGAGGGCAGCAGCGAGCUCUUUACCAUCUCGGUCAAUGGCGUUCUCUAUCUGCAGGCCGGACAGUACACCUCCGUCUUCCUGGAUAACGCCAGCGGCUCCGCCCUCACGGUGCGCAGCGGCUCCCACUUCAGCGCUGUCCUCCUCGGUGUGUGAGCGCCACGCCCGAGUGUGAGCAACCCCAGGGGCACUGUCGGAGUGGCAGAGGCCACGGGCAGGAGGGAGCCCGCUGGACUGCCCACCCUGGCCACCGCAGCUGAAGCCAGAGACGCCACUACGGCAGCCCGCGGAGGCGACACGCACACUGGCGGUCCGGGAACUCCGGGUGAUGUCGGGACGCCGUCCUUUCCAGGGAGGGGUUUCAGCAUGCCCAGGUGUGCCCGUGCUUUGUCUGCCCACCCCACCCCCCGCCCCCGGCUGCAGACCUGGGCCCCUCCUGGGCAGCUUGCUCCAUGGCUGAGGUCUGGCCGCACCUUUUCCAUCUUUCCUACGGCUCUCAUGGGCUGCCCGCUGGGUGUGCCGAUGAGGGGAGAGGCCGCCCAGCCUGCCUGGUGCCCACCUGCCCCUCUCCCAGCUGUGCCUUUGGCUGCCGUGGACCUCAGGGCACUGCUUGGCCUGCAGGGACCACAGGGCCCGAGCCUGUCCUUGCGGCCUCUGGGCACAGCGGCCUGGGCACCAGGGGCACGGGAAGAGGCUGACGGGGACGGUGAGUCCAGAGCUGUUCCCACGCGUGCGAGCCCACUCGCGAGCUCACCUGGCCUUCCCACCGUCCCCUCCUUUGCAAACCCUCUCCCGGAUGAGGUAGUCUUGCCUCUCCCCUGAGGCCCUGGCAUGCUGCUCAGGCCCACUUGCCAGAUGAGAGAGCUGGAACGUCCCUGCAGAUGGGGGGCGGCCAGGCCCUGUGCCCUCAUCUGGAUGGGUGAAGCCGUGGCCCCCGCAGGCUGACAGCUCUGGGUGCCCAGCCACCACGGUCUAGCCCCACUGGGUCCAUCCAGCUCUGGGCUCUUCAGAGCAUCUGCCCCACUCGGGUGGCACCACGGCCCCAAGUUCAGAUGGGCGUUGUGGUCAGGCUGGGGAACAAGUGUGCCACCCUGCUGCAGCGAUGAUGGGAUUUGGAGGGGGGGGCAGAUGGCAGCUGUUCCUGUGGAGAGACAGGGUGUCUGAGAGUUCCUGCCAUCUCUUGAUGUAGGGCCCCCCUGGCCUGCUGAAGUUACCCCCACCCCACUUCCUGCAUGGAAAACAGGCCACAGGAACACUGGUACUGCAGGAGCUCCUGGGGGCCAAGCUGGUCUGGCACGGGUGCCUCCAGGCCUGGGAGAGGCAGGGGCGAAGACUGCAGUCACCCUGCUCCUUGACCUUCUAGCUGGCCUGGGGUGAGCAGGUGACUGGUCCCCAGGAGCCCUGAGCUUCCACCCCACAGUCUGACUAACGGGAGUCCCAGGCACCAUGUGCACAAACCGACCGCUGGGUGCCCUUCGGCGGGCUGGACACAGUUCUCAGUAGGACUUGCCCCCACCCUACCAGGAAGCGCCAGCCGGCUGGCGUCCUGCCUGCCCACCCCCACUCCUAGAUAAGGGUGGCAUGGCCGCACCCUCUCCUGCAUUUCUCUGUACCCAGCGGGUACAGAUACUUUAGAAAAGCUUUCACCCUGGGGAGACCCACGGUCCUUUUUCUCAAUAUAAGUGUGUUAUACAGCAAUUAAUUGAAGUAUUUAUUAUAUAAUGUCAGGUGAAAUAUAUUUAUGUA